CCAAUCUUUCUAGUGCAUCGAAUCUAAUAAUCCGGCGAAGCAGUGUCUGUAAUUUUGCAGUGCUUAUUGAAGAAGAAAGCGAAAAUGGGAAGGGAACAGAUAGAGAACGCGGCGAACCAAAAUCAGCAGUCGACGAUGUCGUACACGGUCGAGAAUCUAGUCGCCGUUAACCCCUACAACCCCGACAUCCUGCCCGAUCUUGAAAAUUACGUUAACGAACAAGUGUCAUCUCGAACUUACAGUUUGAAUGCCAAUCUUUGUCUGCUGCGUCUCUACCAGUUUGAACCAGAGAGAAUGAGCACUCAAAUUGUUGCUCGUAUUUUGAUCAAAGCUCUGAUGGCAAUGCCAGCUCCUGAUUUCAGCCUGUGCCUCUUUUUAAUUCCUGAAAGAGUGCAAAUGGAGGAGCAAUUCAAGACUCUUAUUGUUCUCUCACACUAUUUGGAGACCACCAGAUUCGAUCAGUUUUGGGAUGAAGUUGCUAAGAUCCGUAACAUAUUAGAUGCUGUGCCAGGCUUUGAGCAAGCAAUGCAAGCAUAUAUAAUUCACGUCUUUUCGCUCACCUUCCAGAAAGUUCCGAGGUCCAGUCUUGGCGAGUUUGUGAACAUCAAAGGCCCCUCGCUAGACAAGUUCAUUGAGCAACACGUUGCUAAUUCUGGUUGGGCGGUAAAGAACCAGAGCAAUGACCAACUCAUCAUCUUCCCUCGUAAUGAAUUCAACCAUCCCGAGCUCAAGAAGAGCGCUGCAGAUAGCAUUCCAUUAGAACAUAUUACCAAAAUCCUACCGAUCCUCGGUUGAUCGACACUGGGGAGAGACUCGUUAUGAGCUGAGCUGCUGGUGAUCAUUAUGGUAAAAUUCAUGAGAAGGUAUGUUGACCUGAGAGGCUAGACCCUUAAAAGCAAUUUUACAUCUCGCAAUACCAUCAUAUAAAAUUGGUUUCAACACUUCUCAUUAUCUUAGAGAGCUAUUAAUGAAUUGCACAAAAUUUCCCGAGACCAUAAUCGAUUUUAUUUGCUAUUGCAUGCAGCCGUAGGGGUUCGGGUUUUACUUUGAUUUCUUCUUUCUUUAAUGAUAUGUUCACAGCUACUUAUAAGUGUUAGUGUUGGUGUAUUAUUAAUAGAAGUUUGUUUUUGCAUA